AGAGAAUGGAACGAUUGUCUAUGUUUCGAUCAUAGGUUUACCUGCUGUCAUCCGCUAGUCAGCACAGCAAGUGACAAACAAGAAAAAUGGCGACUUUUCUUCCUCGUUCAUUUGGUUUAGCUGAAACAUUUUUAUUGAAAAAUGGAAAUAAGUUGUUGGCAGCUUCAACAACAAACAACCUUCCCAGUAAACAGCAAGUACGGCACCUAAAUGUUCAUGAAUAUGUGAGCUAUACGCUAUUACGUGACAAUGGCAUCCCUGUGCCUAAGUUUAAUGUGGCCAAAACUAAAGACGAGGUAGUAAAGUAUGCCCAGGAUCUCAACACUAAAGACAUUGUGCUUAAGGCACAGGUGCUGGCUGGCGGGAGAGGCAAGGGAGCCUUUAAAAGUGGCCUUAAAGGUGGUGUCAGGAUGGUGGACUCACCUGCAGUGGCUGGAGAGUUAGGAAGUAAAAUGCUCCAACAAUAUCUAGUGACGAAGCAAACAGGUGCUGCAGGUCGUAUUUGUAACAUGGUUAUGGUUACUGAACGCAAGUUCCCACGUCGAGAGUACUAUGUUGCUAUAAUGAUGGAGCGCAGUUUUAAUGGGCCUGUAAUUAUUGCGUCGUCGCAAGGUGGUGUGAACAUCGAAGACGUUGCCGCAGAGAACCCUGACGCCAUCACCUACGAACCGAUCGACAUCGUCACCGGCAUUACAGAUGAACAAGUUAGCAGAGUUGUACAAAAGAUUGGUCUGCAAGAACAUGCCGAUGAAGCAUGUGGCAUGAUCAAGAAAAUGUAUGAUCUAUUUUUAAAGAAAGACGCCCUGUUAAUUGAAGUUAAUCCUUAUGCUGAAGAUGCUAUUGAUGGAAAGUUUUACUGCCUGGAUGCCAAAUUUAGAUUUGAUGACAAUGCUGAGUUUAGACAAAAGGAACUCUUUGAACUCAGAGAUACGACACAGGAAGAUCCGAAGGAAAUUGAAGCUGCCAAAUUCAAUUUGAACUAUAUUGCACUUGAUGGUAAUAUCGGGUGUAUGGUGAAUGGUGCCGGUCUGGCCAUGGCAACAAUGGACAUUAUCAAGCUAUACGGCGGUGACCCGGCCAACUUCCUUGACGUAGGCGGUGGCGCUACUGCACAGGCUGUUUCCGAAGCCUUCAAGAUCAUUCUCUCCGAUCCCAAAGUAACAGCUAUAUUGGUGAACAUCUUUGGAGGCAUCAUGCGGUGCGAUGUCAUCGCUGAAGGCAUUAUCAAUGCUGCUAAGAACUUAAACAUCCAAAUCCCCGUCAUUGUUAGACUUCAGGGGACAAAGGUGAAUGAAGCAAGGAAACUUAUAGCAGAGUCAGGUCUUCGCAUCGUGCCGCGCGACGAUCUUGACGAAGCGGCUCAGUUGGUGGUGCAGCUGUCAGAGAUUGUGGCACUCGCCAGGAAGGCCGGAGUUGAGGUCAAAUUUGACAUCCCUAGAUAUAUGCUUGAAAAGUAAACUUCAGUAUUUUCUUCAACAAUAAUUAUAACUGCAGUGCAAGCUGUAACUAUAUUCACAAUUCAAUAGUUACUCGAAUAUUGUAUGUAACAUAGAUACAGAGUUACAUAAUCACCAUUGAUGUCUCUAUGUCUAUCUAUAAUCAUGACUUGUAUUAUCGUGUUAUAUUUUAUGUAAGGAGCAGCCAGCAUUUUAUAUUGCUAAUGUAAAAUAACAAAUAUAAGUGGAAACCAGUGUUUAGAAUAUUAUUAUUGUUUCAGUUUUAUGGAUAAUAAAUUUAUACAAAUAUCUACUAUGCUGAUUGCCUUUACGAUAUAACUAUCCAUAUUAACGUAGUCAAUUUAUUCACUCUGUGGAUAUCGGUUUUUUUUUAUCUAAUUUCUACCGACACUUGCUUUCGACUACAUCGACAUUUGUGUCUAAUAUGGGUUGUCUUGUCUUAGUCUUAUUUUUAUUUUGUAGAUAGUAAUUUAUCAUUUUUAUUUUUUGAGUAUCUUUACAAUUACUUUUGACAGUUGAAGUUGUUGUUAUAUAGAUAAAAUGUUUAUCGUGUAUUUUGUUUUGCUUAUCAUUAUUACAAUUUAUAGGGAGAACAAUUUGAUUAAUAUUGUACGGGUUGUAAAACAACAAUUAGCUGUAAGAAUUAUUUCACUCAUUGUUCUAUUUAUUGAUGUAACAUUGUUUACUAGUAGUUAAGUAAUAUAGUUGGUUGUUGAAUAGUUCAAAUAAUUAUAGGACUCUUAUUGACGUUACGCUUUUCGAAUUGCAGCAAAUUCCUAAAUUUAAAUAAUGUAAACUACUACUGUAUUGUUAAGGCUGCGAUAAAUAGUUUCUGUAAAUUUGAGUCCUCUUGCGUAUUACGCUAUUAUUAUGAUAGUUCAAAAGGUAAAUUAACAGGAAUUCAAAAGUAAUUUAAAUAUUGUUUUGAAAUAUUUAUAUGGAUGACUCUCAGAAGCAUCAAAACGUGUAUUAGCGCAAUAAACGUGUAUUGUGUACUUUAUGUACUCUGUUCUUUUGUAAAUAGCAAUUAUUAUGUUUAUUUGGUGAUAGAAAAAUAUUAUUUGAAAUCAUCGAUUAACUACAACAGAGGAUACAUAGUUUCAUUUAAAGAUUACUUAUUUGAUAGAAUUCUUGUAGUUGACCGAUGUUCGUGUGGCUUGCUCGGAAAGUUGAAGUACAAUUUUGUAAUAACGUCAUUAAUUCAUUUCAUUAUGUAGCAUAAUUUAUUUAUUGGCUUGAUGCAAAGUACUGUAAUAAACUUUAUUUUAGA